AAACUGAAACUGAAAUGAAACUGAAACUGAAGAAGAACUCUGAAAUGAAGGAAGCAGAAAUGCGAGAGGACGAAGAAGAAGAAGAAGAAGAAAAAGGAAAAGGAAAGGUACCCUUAAACGUUUGGGACUGUGGGAGCCCAUUAUAUGAUUCAUAUGAAUUGGCAGCACUGAGCCAUCUAAUCGAUCGGAAUAUGAUGGUCUGGCCAUCUAUCUGCAGAUCGGGGAAAAGCAGUAGCAGGUUUUCCGAUCCAUCCAAUGAGGAGAAUAAAGGGUUGUGUGAAGUGGGUUCGUUGAAGACAACAUUGAGUGAGUUCGUGGAGAAGAACAUCUCGAGGAGGUGGAUGUCGAUUGCAGAAAAGAAGAACAACAAAGCCAAACCAGUCAAGAAGAUUAAGAUUCUGUUUGAUGCGGUUCGUAAUCUUUUUGGCUUCGGGAGGAAUAAUUGAUUUUACUACUAAUGUAUAGAA